AUGGCAGAUCUCCCAACACAACUACAGCCCAGUAAUCUUGAUCCCGGAACCAAGAUUUUCCGUGGCGCCGUUCAUUUACAUAUGUCCUAUCACCAAAUUUUUAUUUUCAUGGGCCGCCCAUCCUUAUUAAGACUCAUACAAAUGCACCUCUAUGGAGUACGGGCUGCCGCUUCCCAACCGUUGCUGCAGGUCUCCUCUCCCGCAGAUGAGUCCUUGUCCCGAGCAUGCGUCAGCGCAGCAUAUCGAAUGGUCGACUGUAUACGGUAUCUUGCAGAAAGCCACCGACUUGCCUGCUACUCCUACACGGAUUUCAAUAAUUGUAUAUCCGCUGCUAUCAUCAUUAUCAUCAAUGAGAUCGUCGAUAGCCAUCCUUGCUACCAUUCCGCCAUCUCUGUGAUUAUCCGAUCUAUGGAAUUUUUGGCUUCUGGAGCCCGCAACGCAAAGCAAGGUCUCAGACUAAUCCAGAAUCUUCGAGUUAUAAUGACAACUAUCAAAAGCAAAUGGCAGUCGACACCCGUCGCUGUCUCAUCAAAUGCCGACGGAUCUGGUUACGAGGAAUGGCAAACAUGCAUGGAGGAGUCAGACCAUCUUACCAGUAACCGCAGCUCUGGAUCUUACAGCACUUACAACGUGAACAGAAGUCUUCUGGACUCUAAUAAAAGCGGCGCUGCUCAUAGUGAUCUAACUCGGAGAGAUCAUUACCAGGAAGCCCCCAUGGAAAGCAGCCAGUAUCGGAAUUUUGAUGUGCAAGACAGAUCUGGCCAAUCGAGUCGAAGGACUGUGGAUUUGCCGGCACUGCCUGCCGGAGCCAUCACCUCUACUGUCAAGAUUAGCGCGACGACCGACACCUCUCAGCAACAGAUAUGGGAAAAUAACGUGGCGUACGCAUCACUUCUCAGUUGGUUUGAUGACUUCAAUAUGUUAGGACUUGGUGAUUUUCCAAGUUUGGUAUUUCCAGAAAGCGAGUGA